AUGGGACUUUACGAUCCGGACGCAGCGGGAACCGCCGCUCGGUAUCUUCGACUGCCAGCUGAAGAGCUAAUUACUGUGCGAAGCGCCAAAUUCGAAAAGGGCUCCGUCUGGGUGCCCUACUCCGAGACUGCCUACUGCAAGGCGCUCAAGCUCGCCGAGAAGGACGGAAAGAUCAAGGUGAAGAGAGAGCCAGAUGGAAAGGAGAAGGAAUACAAGGCGGAGGACGUCGAGCCGCAAAACCCGCCCAAGUACGAGCUCCUCGAAGACAUGGCGAACAUGACUUUCCUCUCCGAAGCCGCUGUAGUCUACAAUCUCGGCGAGCGAUACCGAAAAUUCCUGAUCUACACUUAUUCGGGUCUUUUCUGCGUCACUGUCAAUCCGUACAAGAUGCUGCCCGUCUACGAGCCGCACAUCGUCGGCUGCUACCAGAACAAGCGCAAGACGGAAAUGCCCCCGCAUCUCUGGUCCGUCGCCGACAAUGCCUACAACGACAUGUUGCGAAAUCGUGAGAAUCAGUCGAUGUUGAUUACGGGUGAGUCCGGCGCCGGCAAAACCGUCAACACGAAGAAGGUCAUCGCCUAUUUCGCCACCGUCGCCGCUCUCGGUGGCGGAGAAAAGAAGGCCGACGACAAGGGCUCGCUGGAAGACCAAAUCGUCGCUGCCAACCCGGCGAUGGAGGCGUAUGGAAAUGCGAAAACCAUUCGAAACGACAACUCCUCUCGAUUUGAAAUCGCGAGUCACUUUCCAGCUUCCAACUGA